AUGCCUUCGCCUCAGAACUUUCGUCGGUUGGUCUUGACAGCUGCCGUGACCUCGAUUACGAUUGCAGGGUCUUUGUACGGAGCCGGACUGAAAACAAAGGAGGAGAUUGCCGAGACUCAGAAGAAUCGCCAGGAGGCGACUUUUGAUGAACAAAUGGCUGCUCUCCAAGGAAUGCGAUCGAACUUGACAGCCCGGAGAGGAAUGAUCGAGACACAGAUUCGGGACCUGGAGGCAAAAAUGGAAGAGAAGAAACAUCGAAGUGCGGAAGGGAGUGACAAAGAGAGGCCUCAGGGAGGACGGUGA